AGCAGUCGCAGGGCUUGUGACAACCACAAACCCGCCCGACGGCAAAACCCUGUGCUUGUCGACAUCCGCGAACGAUUGGAUGCUGCAGCGCGGGCAGGUGAUCCCGAGGGGAGUUAAAACUCAAUUGAGGGAUGUGGUUCGGGGAAGUAAAGGGGUUGUUGGGGGUGUGUGGAUCUAUAAUGACACGUUUAGGCCGAAGGCGAUGGAUAUUAUACAUGUGCGGAAGGAGGUUAUGCUGAUCGCAAUUUACCCGCUCACCCACGCCCUAACCUUCUCGGCACCUGAUGGACAGACAAUACAUGCCAAGGCUGAUUCGGUGAUGGUCACAAUUCCGGAUGUCUUGACGCCGACUACAUCGGAAACUCGGUUAUUAGAUAUUGAUGGUCGCGUGGAGAGGAAGGAGAGACCCAACCGUAAUGCAUGGAAGUCGUUUAGGGUUCCGAGAAAUGGGCAGGAUUAGGGGACAUUGUCUGAGAUUAGGCAGAAGUGU